AUGCCCGUCAGCUCCCAUCAGCCGAGCGUGAAACACAUAACAGCGCCGUCUUCCGAGCGGUAUCCGGGUCUGCUUCAUGAUCUCGGAUGCACUUUGCCGCCAGCUAUCACGCACACGGCGGACAUCCUCGCACGAGUUAGGGAGCAUCUAUCGAACCUUCUCUCAUCAUCGGGAAGCGAACGACUGGAUAUUGCACCUCGCAGAACCCCUCCCCGGUCGACCUCACGAAUCCGAGUUUCAGCUCCAGGAGAUCACAGAUUUCUGACAGACUUAAGUGAAGUAGUAAACCUUGGAUUCUCGCACCACAGGGAGCGGAGCUGUCUCGGUCCAAGUAUGACAGUGUUUGCGAUGUUUCCAUCGCCCAACUCCACAUUCAGUGGACGGGACCCUAUGAACACGUCUUUGGCGGAAUCUUCACGGACAUACACGUCCCUCGUCAUUCUCAUGCAAAACUUCGGGAAUGGGCGAUUAUUGUUUUACUUUCUUCGCCGUCUCUUGCCGUUGGAAAUCCGGUGGGGAGCACGACUCCACUCAGGCUACGGCACCAACCCCCUUUCACCUACGCUAUCACCUGGGUUCAAGUGGGGCCGGGUAGGCUUGGUUUGUCGCCGGUGUACCCCGCCGGUCAAGGGAAUAUCUCAAGAGCUCACACAUUUCGCGAAGCGAAAGCUCAUCCAAAAUGGGGUCGUCUUUUAUUCCAACCCACAGAUCCAGCACUAUCCAUGGUCUGCGUCACCUAUGGUUCCCAAUCAUCGCAUCCACAGGUUCCUGAAACAGCAAGCUUUUCAGGCGACAAAGUUUCGUCUUGCGGCACCUGUAGCAGGUCAUUGA